CCAAUCGCGCUCUCUUACUGCUUAUGCUGGCUGGCGUUUGUGGUUCGCCGAGGUCUCAAAGUGUGUCUCUUCCUCGAUUUGGCCACUAUAAGGUAGCAACAGCACACUAGCACACACAAAAGCUCGAGUGCGCUCAUCAGCAAUAUACGAGCUCGCGCGCCGUGGUCUCACAGGUCGCUUCGGCAAGGAACGGCCGAUCGAGUUCAGUACACAUCUAACGUCUUCAGUGUCAAGGUCUCUUGGAUCUUUCUCCACCGCUGAAGAAGAGGAAGAAACGGUUUGUGGUGUUGUGAGCAGGAGAAAGAGUGUGCGCCUGGAGCAAAGCGGAAGGAAGGUAGUGCUGCAGUUCCAGUUUCAGAGUGCUCUGGACCUUGGACCAAGGUCUGCCAGGGACCGUUCGGAGUUCGCAAUCUCAGACCGCUGAUCGAGUGGAUGUUCUUGAACUUGACUCUUGAAGAGUUUAUGGGAUUGGGAUUUUCGGAGCGAUCGGUUGAACUUAGGUACGAAGUGAUCUUGUGAGCUGUGUGAUUUGUUGUGCUAACGAAACAGACCGUACACCUGUUGAAGUGUGUGUCCAGAAGUCAAGAGUCGAAGACGAUCGCGGUGGAGUCAAGUGCUUGUGCUAAUCGUGCUUUGGCUGACCUUCCUGUGCUCCUGUGAGGUGAUCUGCGAGUUCAAGUUCAAAAUCGCUGCUGCCGUUUGACUGGAAGAGAGACGACGUUCCUCGCUGUAAGCCCGCCGUGUGGACGAAACGAAAACGGGCACCGAAGAGUGUGCAUUGUGCGCGAGUCAUCGAAGUUGCUUCGCAGCUGGUGCCCCUUUUAGCGAGGAAGCAACACUACACUAUAUCAACGCGUCUUCAUCAAAAGUGGAAGUCUUUGGCCGACCCAUCCAUCGACGAUUCGUCCGCUGUUGUGAAGUGGAGUGGUCAUCCGCCUGUCAGUAGUAGUGAAAUUGAGCGAUCCGCAAUAAGCAGUCAAGUUUCUGCUUUCGGCAAGAAUUUGUGUACGAACCAGUGAGCUUUGCGCAAAGUGGAGUGAGAGCAAAAAAGUGAAAUUGAAGUCUUUCUUCUUCGAUUGACGGUAGCAAAGUGGGCAAGCGAGGAAGAAGGUGAAGAAGAUAUGAUAAUGAUAAUGAUGUUGGCCAAACAAUAAGUGUCAUCGAGAGGAAACGAGAGAGUUCGCGGCGGUAUAGCGUCUACGAAUCGCGGAAGGAAGUGAAGUGCGUGAAUAUUUCUGAUUCGUCUGCGGAAAACUUUCGGUAUCGUUGGGACUAAAUUAACGAUCGUGUUCAGUAAUUACGUGUGGUUGCACUUCAGGCGGACGUGGAACUUAUCUCCAGUGGUGCGUGUUCGAGUCGUAGAAAUCGGUGACCUCUUCAGGAAAAGCAAGUGCCUCAAGCAAAGAGGAAAGUGUGACAACCAAGAAGUGUUCAACAGCGGUGUGUGACUCGAAGCUCGGAUAUUGCGAAGAACCUGUCCAUAAUGAUACCGAUUUGUGCUAAAGGCAGUGCUAGUUAUCGUCUUAGCUCCAACCUCCAGCCUAAGCGUUAUCCCGCCGGAGCUGCUCUGCAUCAUUAGCAGCAGCAACAGGUUGUGGGCUUUUAUCCCAACCUUCGUACAGAGGCCAUCAACAACAUCCGUGCUAGAAAAGAAAAUCGAUCGAUUUCCUGUCGCCGCCGCAAUUUCUCUCUAACAGCAGCCAAUCGCGCGUAAAGUGAAAGAAGCCAGAUAAUAGUAAUAAUAAUAAAAAUAGGCCUCCCGCCUUUGCACGGAGAUAGAUCGGGAUCGCUGCUGCCAUCUACCUGUUCGGUUUCCUCGUUUUCCCGUCCGCGCUCCAUCUAAAAGAAAAGAUAAAAGUGGAACACUGCCGCAAACCAAACGAUAGCUAGGCCCCGGUCAGCUCCAGUUCAGAGCAUCCGGUCGAGGUCUAACGGAUCAAGCGGAGCGCAUCGAAGAAUUCGGGUGUGCAUGCAAAGUCGUUCGUCGUUCGCUGUGACGGAAUCAGGUUCGAGUUCAAGUUCUGUGCUGAGCCAGAGUCGUAGAUUGCGACUCUAGUGUGGAGAUCAUCGUUGCUUGCUGCCGCUGAUUCAAGAAGAUCGCAAAUCGUUGCUGUCAAGUCAGGUUGAAGACGUGCCGCCAAGAUGUCCAGUAAACCGCGUCGAGGGACAGUCAGAUGGAGCCAUCAACGACCUGCCACCAGCAGUUCCUCCUCCGCCACGACUCAUGCCCUGCUCCUCACCUCCCUGACAGUGUUCCUCAGCAAUCUUCUCAGCGCCGCCAGUGGGAAUCCGCUGCAUCCGUUCACCUCGUCAUUCAGUCGAAAUUUGCGGCAUUUACCGUGCGUGGUGCGGAGUUCGGGUGCCGAGGGCAUCUGCAUGUUUGCCAUCGAUUGCUUCAAAGCCAACGGCACCCACCUCGGUGUCUGCAUAGACAAAAUAUUCUUCGGAUCCUGCUGUCAAGUUCACGAUGACAGUCUAUUGUUCAAAUACGAAAUUACUGACAACAGUAUAGACAAUAACCACUCAGGUUCCCACUACCAACACCAUCCAACUGUGAUUGAUAUGAGUAAGAAACCGCCUCUAACGGAAACGAUACUCCCAUCGACGGCUAAGCCAAACAACACUACCAAAUAUGAGUUAGUUAGCACUUCAUCGACAACUACCCGCCGAACGACUACGAAAUUUAGCCGGAGAAAUUCUACGGCCACAGCGACCACCAUGAAGCUUGAACAGAAGGAUGAUACCCCAUCCACGACUGAGUAUCAAGAAUUUUCCACUUUUCAGUACGUUCAAAGCAGUAAGAACCCUGGAACAGGAGAGACGGAGACAACCCGACGAACGACUACUACCAGGAGAACUCCUCCCAGGAACACAACUAAACCGUACAAGACCAGAAGACCAACGCCUAGUAGAAAUACAACCAGACGACCGACUACACAGACAACGACGCCGAAAUCUAUUAUGACGACCUUCCCAGAAGUAAAACGGAACGUGACCACGUCGUCAGCUGCUACUCGGUUACCGACAACUUCAACUGAAGCAGCUACCAGUUCAUCUAAUCAACCGACUACUGCCAGUUCAACAACCAUUCGACGCACAACUACUCAAACACGAAAACCAACUACCACUUUGCCUCCAUCGUCCGAGGAAUCUACUUACUUCAUUCCUUCUCGGAGACCAACAGUUCAACCACUCACACGGCCGCCGGUUCGACGAAGACCUACGACAACUGCCACAACUGUGACAGAACCCGAAACCACCAAAGCACCCCGACCCAGACCCAGACCCACAGCAGAAAUCGUAACCGUACCUGCAACUUCGCUUGAACACCUUAUUGAAGAUCUCCUUACAUCCACUGGUCAAGAACCAUCUUCAAUGGAAACCACCACUGGUACCACUCCAAAAGAAACACGAGAAAAGCCAUCAACUACUCCACAAACUACUAUCACUCAACGGAGAACAACGACGGCUAGUAGCACAACACAGUCGACGACCAGGACUAGUCCUUCGACAACUACCAGAACCACUCCGACAACAACUACGACAACCACCCCGGCUCCGACAACGACCCCUACAACCACAACCACCACGACCACAACUGAAACUCCAACAACCACGACCAUCAGAACGACCAAGACUACCCCCGCAGGACGCAUUACGCCUCCUGCAGACGCUGACUACCAACCAGAAACCUCGCAAACCGAAAACUCCCUGGAUGAGACCACUGCUGCGGCCGGUUUGGUUACCUGGUCCAGCAUAGUGGACGAACCUUCCAGCAGCGAAAAGAUCCCCUCCGAUCCAGCGCCAACAGGUCCCACUACGUCCAACAGUUGGAUACUGAUUCAUACACUAACCCCGGAAGAGGUGCUCGGCGCCAAUCAAACUAACAAUCACAGCUCACCCACUCAAACCUCAUCGUCAUCCGUAUCGUUGAUUGACCUGGGGAAUUCGGAACCCUCACCGGACAUCAUUCUGCCUCCACUUGAUCCGCUGCUACCCGAAGCGGCCUACAUCUACACCAUUCAUGAUGAAACUAAUCAAACCAUAUCCGGCGAUCUCAUCUCUCAUUCGCAACUUGCAUCCUCGCCAUCCACAGAGGAGAGUUUACCGACUACUCCGCCUAGCAUGUCCGAAGAAGCCACUACUAGCAGUAGCACAUUUGUACCCACUACCACGAAAAAGACCACAACAGCUAGUGCCACUACCAGUACAACUGGUAGUCCAAGCACUUUGACCACAGAGGAGAAGCUUGCAACGACCACUAAAGUGGAGCCAACCACAACUAUGAUCACUACUACAUCCACCGCGUCCACUAGUGAACGAACGACUUCGAGUUCCAGUACGGCUGCCACUGAGCCAAUCAGUAGCAGUAUUGUCACUGACACCACCCCACCGCAUGUCACUAGUAGUACAAGUUUAGAAUCAUACACCAGUUCAUUAGCCCCAACAAGCAUGGUGCUCACUACUACCACUACCACAGAACAGGAGACCUCACCGGCUACUACCACAACGACUACUCCAGAGAUUCUGAUUGAAAUAUUCGGUCCAACGACGAGUUCACCGAAGGUCCCUACGACCACGCAGUUCUUCUCAACGGUAGAUCCAUCCACCGUCGAGUCCGUUACGGAUUCCACAACUGAAGAAACUAGUUCCGAAGAAGGAAGUGGCAGCGAGGAAGAAUCCGGCGAAGAGGAAAGCUCCAGUUACGAAAGCUACGAGUCUACCGCAGAACCGACCAGCACAACAGUGACCGAAGCGAACAGAUAUCCCAACACGACUUGGUCCAGCAGUUCGAGCACAGCCGCCGAAAGCACCACCGUCACCAGUACAACGACCCUCAAUAUCACCAGUUCGCUGCAAUCGAUAGCAUCCAUGUUCAACAUCAGCACCAGUACCGGCAUGCCGGUACGGUUCCCCGCAGACAAUGUCAGCUCGUCCACCGCCAGCUCUACGACGGACGGAGUCACGAUGUCGCCCGACUUUUCCACCUCCUCCACGUCCGGGCCACUGCUCGAGGGCAUCGAUUAUCGUGCCGUGUGCGGUAAGCGAAUGUUCCCGGAGCCUCGGAUCGUCGGCGGAACGAAAGCAGCCUUUGGACGGUGGCCGUGGCAAAUUUCGCUGCGUCAGUGGAGGACCUCGACCUACCUGCACAAGUGCGGCGCUGCGCUGUUGAACGAGAACUGGGCCAUUACGGCGGCUCACUGCGUGGAUAAUGUCCCACCAUCAGAUUUGCUGCUGCGAUUGGGCGAAUACGAUUUGGCUCUGGAAGAGGAACCCUACGGCUACCAGGAGCGCCGGGUGCAGAUAGUGGCCUCCCAUCCGCAGUUCGACCCACGGACUUUCGAGUACGAUUUGGCCCUGCUGAGGUUUUACGAACCAGUGGUAUUCCAGCCGAACAUCAUUCCGGUUUGCGUGCCCGACGGUGACGAAAACUUCAUCGGAAGGACGGCCUUCGUCACUGGAUGGGGUCGACUGUAUGAAGACGGACCACUACCGAGUGUCCUGCAAGAGGUAACGGUUCCUGUGAUCGAGAACAAGAUCUGUGAAACGAUGUACCGAAGUGCGGGUUACAUCGAGCACAUUCCCCAUAUCUUCAUCUGCGCCGGGUGGAAGAAGGGCGGCUACGAUUCCUGCGAAGGUGACUCCGGUGGCCCAAUGGUCAUUCAGCGACCGGACAAGCGUUUCCUGCUAGCCGGCGUCAUCUCCUGGGGUAUCGGCUGUGCGGAACCAAACCAACCGGGCGUCUACACGAGGAUAUCGGAGUUCCGGGACUGGAUCAAUCAAAUACUGCAAUUCUAGACGGCCGACAAGAAACGAACCCACAACAAGCACACGUACAAGGGAGAAUCAGUUGCAUUUCGGUUCCGGCUCGGUUUGCAGUGCACAAACCACGUUCAGCUGGGAUCAUGAAACGCAGUGUUCAGUAUUCGCGCGAGUUACAUUCGGAACGAGAGAAAUAUGAGAUCGGAACAAAAUCCAAGACUUUGUUCCUUCAUUGUUGAUUUGUUUUAGUUGGCUUACGAGGGUGGGCAAAUGCAUUGAUCUGUCGAUGGAAUCGAAUUUUGUCUUGGAGAGGUGUUGGAGAAACGCUCUGCCAAUGAUUUGCUGGUGCGAGAUUUCAUCGAUAGAUCGAUAAGGAGCAAACCAGAACUACGGAACUAGGGAAAACAUUUUAGCACAGAAAAAAAUCGCUCAAAGCAACAACCAGUGAACGAAAACACCUCAAAAGUAUCAAGAAACUGUACUCGUUAUAUUUUUUUAAAUGGAAAGCUAAAGUUUUAAACUACGGAAGAACCAAUCGUGACUUGUGUAUGGUGCGAAUUGAAUUUGAUAUUCGGAUUUUGACGAGUGUGGACGAAAUAAUAUGAAUGUGUUGAAUCGUACUUUUAGACAAUCUUAUCUAAGUUGUGAUAAUUGGUUGUGAAUGCGUGCCGAGAGUGAGAAUUGUUUUUAGGAAAACACAAUCGUAGCGUGGUUGAAUGUGUGUCGUUAGGUUUUAAAGUAAUGAAAUUAUUUAUUUAUUUAUAUCCAUAACGAAAGUAAAAUUAACGCAAAUCAUGCAGCAUUUUCAUUGUAACAACAAAGCUAUUUCCAAACUAGGAGUUUUUACAAUGGCACGAAAUGAGGAAGGGCUUCUGCGCUCCGCAAGGAGAACAUGAUGGCAACAAGCGGAAGCAAGAGUAAACGUUACUGUAAGUGGCGAAAAUUGUUUGUAAAUACGUAAUUGUUAAGGAUUGAACACGAUGGAAAAGUAUAUUUAAAUUUUGUACAAUAUUUAUGAGAAUAAAAUUUAUUUUUCGUAUGAA